AUGCGCCUGCGUGGCGAUGGAGUGGGGCAGGUCCAUGUGACCGGACCAGCCGGAACUGUGAGGGACGUGGCAGCCCUACAGCACUUUGUGCAGUGGAAGACACCGCACGUGCUGGCCAGCGAUUGCUACCCCGAUGGAGACUCCAUUGUGUUUGAGGUCGUGUCCGCGGGGCGAGCCUACGUCCAGACCCCCGCGGACCGCAUCUCGCUCUACGUGGCGAUCGAGGACGUGAUCGGGCUCGGGAGGAAGGCUCCCCCUCCCCCCGUCGCCCCCUGCCCGCCCAGCCCUCUGGCGCUGCUGACCUGGGUCAAGUCGCUGGACAGGCUCGUGCUGAUCGCCAGGCUGGCAAACAGAGUGGAGCUGGAGGCGCUGCAGGCCCACCCCGCCAUGCCGGGCCUGCUCGGGCUGACCAACGGCGCCAGGCUGGCCGCCUGCUCUGUCGUGCUGGGGGAGGGCCUGCCCGCCUCCGACCCUGGCCUGGUCGACCUUGCAGCAGCCCUGCCCUGCCCGAUGCUGCUCCUCCCCGAGCCCCAGGAGGGCCUACAGGCGGGCAACACCGCCGCUGCGCGCGUCUCUGCGCGCCUGAACCUGGCCGCUCCCGCUUUCUUCCCGCUCCCGCACGGACUCGCAGUGGAUGGUACGGUGGAGGCAUGCAGCACGCCGGGGCUCUGCACAGGAGAGCCCCUGACGGUCACCUCCUCGCUGGCACUGGAGUUCCGCGCGGGCGAGGCGCGGACCCCCAGCCUGACGCGCCUGGGCGUGGGACAUGCGACCCCGGGCGAGGCCCGGGCUGCCGCACUGGAGGCGCACCCGGCGGCGGCGGGCAUGAUCGGGGUGCUGCACCAGGCCCAGCCGGAGGUGCAGGCGCAGGGUUAUGACAUACCUAGAACCAAGGCCGACCUGCCAUCCCUCCACUUUCUGGGCACGGGUUCGGCCGAGCCCUCCAAGUAUCGUUCGGCCAGCGCCAUCUGGCUCAGCCUGGACCCCUCCUCCAGCAUCCUGCUGGACUGCGGGGAGGGCACCGCGGGUCAGCUCACGCGCACGCUCGGCGCCGUGGCGGCGCGCACCCUGCUGGCCACGCUGCGCGUGCUCUGGGUGUCCCAUCGCCAUGCGGACCACAUGGGCGGUGUGCCUGGAGUCCUGAGGGCCGUGCCGGAAGGCACCCCCCCGCCCCUCGUCGUAGGGCCCAGGUCCCUCCGCGACUGGCUGGCGGCCUGCGGCGGGGAGGACUUGCGCUACGAGUUCCUGCAUGCCGGCUGCCUGCGCAGGCCCGGUGAGGAUUUUGGUGUGGGCUUGGGCGGGGGUUACGACGCCUGGAGCCUGCGCAUCGACGCCGCCCGUUCCUGGAGCAUCGUCUACUCGGGCGACACCACGCCCAACCCCGAUCUGCGCGCGCUGUGCUCGCCCCCCCCCACGCUGCUCGUGCACGAGGCCACCUUUGGGGAGGGGCGGGAGGGCGAGGCAGAGCGCAAGCGGCACAGCACCACCGCCCAGGCGCUGGAGCUGGCGCAGAUCGCGCGCCCAUGGGCCACCAUCCUCACGCACUUCAGCCAGCGGUAUCCGGGGUACCCCGAGGGCGUGCCCCUGGACGGCAACAGCCCCGCCGUCGCCGCCGCCUUUGACGGCAUGGUGGUGUCCCUGCGGCUGCUGCACGCCCUGGCGGCUACGCAGCCUGUGGUUGCGGUGUUGCUGGACAGGGACGAGGACGAGGUGGUGGAUGUGGAGGGGGGGCAGGAGCCGUGA